CGAGAUAAGAAACUCCCUAAGAAUGUCUCUGCAUCCCUUGGUUUCGCUUUCCAUCCUCCUAUUACUGCUUGCUGCAAAUGCAAAUGCCGCAAGUGAUACUAAUCCGAAUGAUAAUGCAGGCAUCAAAAUGUUUGGCAACGUUGGCUCUGAUCCCCCCAAGUCCAUGGACUGGAGACGUUUGGGGGCCGUCACACCUGUGAAAGAUCGCAAAGGAUGCCAGAAUGGUAGCUGGGCUUUUGCGGCAGCAGAAGCCAUCGAGGGAAUCAACAAGAUUGCGACUGGAGUGUUGGUGGAGCUGUCGGCGCAGCAGCUGCUGGAUUGCUCCCGGAGCUACGGUACCGAUGGCUGCCACAGCGGGUUUCCCCAGAACGCAUUUGAUUACCUUGACGACACAGGGAAUGGCCUCUCCACCGCAUCGGAUUACCGCUUCACAGGAUUCAAUGGCACCUGCCGAAAACACAACCGCUGCUCCGUAGGCAUUGACAAUUACGACUAUAUCGGGAGCUCCAGCGACGACACUGAGAUCGUCAAGCAGGUUGCCAAGCAGCCCGUGACAGCUCUAAUCGAUGGCAACGCGCCGGAGUUCCAUCGCUACAAAGGGGGGAUUUACAAGGGCCCGUGCAAAGACGACCAGGCAACGCCGUAUCUAGCAGUGCUCAUCGUCGGCUAUGGAUCAGAAAACGGCCAAGACUAUUGGAUCAUCAAAAACUCGGCGGGGACAAACUGGGGAGAGCAAGGCUACAUGAGGCUGCAGCGUGGUAACCAUGGCCUUCCACUGGGUCGAUGUGGAGUAAAUGGCUUCGUCUACUUUCCUGUCAAAGAGAAGGUACGACCAUCUCCAUAGCCACCAUCACCAUCUCCGCCACCACCACCACCGUCAUCUCUGCCGCCACCCUCUCCUCGACCACUGCCAUCACCCUGCAGUUUUAUUUUGCCGUUCCAUACUUCGCAUUAAAAUGUACUCUCUUUAAACAUGUUUACCUUGACUAAAUUCCCUUAGAGAAUUUCCAAACUUCGAACUUGUUUAAAAGAAACUCAAAUUAUGAUCCCA